GGUUGGGGAUUUAGAUCAGUGGUAGAGCGCUUGCCUAGGAAGCGCAAGGCCCUGGGUUCAGUCCCCAGCUCUGAAAAAAAAAAGAACCAAAAAAGAAAAAAAAAAAAGAAAAAAGAAAACAAACUUCAGUCAUCAAACAAGCCUUUCUCUAGAUGCCACUGAUGCUCAAUCUUUUUUGUUGUUGUUGUUUCCAUUUUUUUCCAGAAAAAGAAGUCAAUCACAGCAGAGCAAGAGCAGGAUGUAGAAGAGGAAAAUCAAAACCGAGACAUAAAUUUACCAACGAUGAGCUGAAGAGACUUAAACAAGAAUUUAAAUGCACCCCUUAUCCAGAUUUCACGACCAGGGAUGAGCUGGCACGGCAGUUUCGAUGCCAAGUGGAUGUGAUCGAUAACUGGUUUCAGAAUAAAAGGGCCAGAACCCCACAAGAACUGAAAGACACAUUUUCUGCCAUCAGAGGAAUGCGCAAGUCUGGAGACUACAUGCUUAUAGGUCGCCAGGAUACCCAGACUGAGGAAGCUUCUCGUGAGCAGUAUGGGUCAUGUGACUAUGUGGUCCAAAGCAUCGGAACGAAAUCAAGUGGCGUCGUGGAUACUCUUCCCCCGGUGUCUGAAUCGCGUUAUGUGGGUGACCAGCCUGAGACACAGGAAAGCCAAUAUUCCACAUUCUCUCCUGCUGACUAUGUUCCUUGUACGCAGGGGCAAAGGCAGAUGGAUUAUACCUACUCCCCAAUGUUCUCAGGACAACAGCAGAAUAACUGGGAAUAUCAGCAACAACAGCAGCAUCCUCAGAGCUACCAAGAGAGGGCCUCCUUGGCAGACUGGCUCAUUGUGCACCAGAGUCAUAGACAGAGUCUCUAGACUUAGGGCAGCAGGUAUCCUCCUUCUUUCCCUCAGAGCAUCAGGAUCAGUUUGCUCCAAGUAAUGGAGGUGCAGCAGGCUCUUAGAUGAUCCUCUGCAAGCAGCCGUCAUGGUCCCACCAAAUGCCUCUUGGGCUACAUGGGCAGCAAGGGAGUGCUGUCAGCUACACUGUUUAGGAGAGCACACACGGUAUACUGGGUCCAGCCUACAACUCACAAGGUGCAGGGAUUUAGAAAGCAGCAUGGGGGCUAAGGUAGUCUUCUGAGAAAC